GUUACUGUGAUGGGAGUCGCCAAAGUCAUUGACGAACACGCUGAAAAAGUCGGCUCAGUCCAAGUCUGCACGUUGAAGUCAGCCUCGGAGCCUCUCUUUCUGGAGAUGGGGGCUCUCGGCUUCCCAAGGAACUCGCCCAUUAAACGGCUUUUUGAUCGCAUGACCGUCUGGAUGCGCAACACAGGCCUGAAAUCCGAGCCUCGUCCCACGUGCCUGAAGCCCAACUUGCAGCAAGGGAGAAAGCCCAUUGAGGUCUUGCAAGUGAGCGGCGUCGUGGCUCUCUGGGCUGCGGGGAUCGUCCUCGGGAUCUCGGUUUUCGGCUUGGAAGUUCUUGUUCCGAGUCUGGGGGUUUGAACUUUUUUUUGNG